AAGAUGGUGCAGCAGGCAGGGAGAGUGCUGAGCUCUCAGCUCUCCCCAGUGGGGAGGAGCGCCCUGGGGGCAGACAGGUGUCUGAUGGCUUAGCCCCUGGGUGCCAUGCCUCUGGCAAGCCCCGUCUCCCACCUGGGGUCUGCUGCUGGGUGGUGCCAUGGCGGCGAGGGGCAGGCAGCCCCCGGUGCGCUAUGCCUCCCUGGGUGCCCUAGUGGCAGACACUCACCGGCCUCUCCUUGUUCUCCUGGCAGACUUCAACUACGGGGCGGAGGAUUACGACGCGGAGGGGAAUGAGGAGCCCAAGGUGCCACCGGAGGGCUCGGAGACCAUGCCCUACAUCGACGAGUCGCCCACCAUGUCGCCGCAGCUCAGCGCCCGUGGCCAGGAGAGCGGGGAUGGCGUCUCACCCACGCCCACCGACAGCCUGGGCACUGGGGGCGAGCGGGAUGCCGGGAAGGGGCUGGAGAUGCGGAAGUUGGUGCUCUCGGGCUUCCUGGCCAGCGAGGAGAUCUACAUCAACCAGCUGGAGGCGCUGCUGCUGCCUAUGAAGCCCCUGAAGGCCACGGCCACCACCUCCCAGCCUGUCCUCACCAUCCAGCAGAUCGAGACCAUCUUCUAUAAGAUCCAGGACAUCUACGAGAUCCACAAGGAGUUUUACGACAGCCUCUGCCCCAAGGUGCAGCAGUGGGAGAGCAAGGUCACCCUGGGGCACCUCUUCCAGAAGCUGGCCAGCCAACUCGGCGUGUAUAAAGCCUUCGUGGAUAACUACAAGGUCGCGCUGGAGACGGCGGAGAAAUGCAGCCAGAGCAACAACCAGUUCCAGAAGAUCUCCGAGGAGCUGAAAGUGAAGGGCCCCAAGGACUCCAAGGAGAGCCACACCUCAGUCACCAUGGAAGCGCUGCUGUACAAGCCCAUCGACCGUGUGACGCGGAGCACCUUGGUACUGCACGACCUUCUCAAACACACGCCAGCUGACCACCCCGACUACCCGCUGCUGCAGGAUGCCCUCCGCAUCUCCCAGAACUUCCUGUCCAGUAUCAAUGAGGACAUUGACCCGCGGAGGACAGCAGUCACCACACCGAAGGGAGAGACACGGCAGCUGGUGAAGGAUGGCUUCCUGGUGGAGCUGUCCGAGGGCUCGCGGAAGCUGCGCCACGUCUUCCUCUUCACCGACGUCGUCCUCUGCGCCAAACUGAAGAAGACCGCCGUGGGGAAGCACCAGCAGUAUGACUGCAAGUGGUACGUGCCGCUGGCCGACCUUGUGUUCCCGGCCCCCGAGGAGUCGGAGCCCUGCCCGCAGGUGCACACCAUCCCGGACCACGAGCUGGAGGACAUGAAGAUAAAGAUCUCGGCCAUCAAGAGCGAGGUGCAGAAGGAGAAAGCUGGCAAGGGGCAGAGCCGAGCCAUCGAGCGCCUCAAGAAGAAGAUGUUUGAAAACGAAUUCUGGCUGCUCCUGAACUCCCCCACCAUCCCCUUCCGCAUCCACAACCGCAACGGGAAGAGCUACCUGUUCCUGCUCUCCUCGGACUACGAGAGGUCAGAGUGGAGGGAGGCCAUCCAGAAGCUGCAGAAGAAGGACCUCCAGGCCUUCGUGCUGAGCUCGGUGGAGCUGCAGGUGCUCACGGGGUCCUGCUUCAAGCUGCGCACCGUCCACAACAUCCCUGUCACCAGCAACAAGGACGAUGACGAAUCCCCGGGACUCUACGGCUUCCUGCACGUGAUCGUCCACUCGGCCAAGGGAUUCAAACAGUCUGCCAACCUCUACUGCACUCUGGAAGUGGACUCCUUCGGGUACUUUGUCAGCAAAGCAAAGACCAGGGUUUUCCGGGACACGACCGAGCCGCAGUGGAAUGAGGAGUUCGAGAUCGAGCUGGAAGGUUCGCAGUCACUGCGCGUCCUGUGCUACGAGAAGUGCUACGACAAGACCAAGCUCAACAAGGACAACAACGAGAUUGUGGAUAAGAUCAUGGGCAAGGGGCAGGUCCAGCUGGACCCACAGGCCGUGCCGACCAAGAACUGGCACAUGGACGUCAUUGAGAUGAAUGGGAUCAAGGUGGAGUUCUCCAUGAAGUUCACGAGCCGGGACAUGAGCCUGAAGAGGACCCCGUCCAAAAAGCAGACCGGCGUCUUCGGGGUGAAAAUCAGCGUUGUGACCAAGCGGGAGCGCUCCAAGGUGCCGUACAUCGUGCGGCAGUGCGUCGAGGAGGUGGAGAAGAGAGGCAUCGAGGAGGUCGGCAUCUACCGGAUCUCGGGGGUCGCCACAGACAUCCAGGCGCUGAAGGCAGCCUUCGAUGCAAAUAACAAGGACGUCCUGGUAAUGCUGAGCGACAUGGACAUCAACGCCAUCGCGGGCACCCUGAAGCUGUACUUCCGAGAGCUCCCCGAGCCCCUCCUCACAGACCGGCUGUACCCCGCUUUCAUGGAGGGGAUAGCACUCUCGGAUCCUGCCGCCAAGGAGAACUGCAUGAUGCACCUUCUCCGGUCGCUGCCCGAUCCCAACCUCAUCACUUUCCUCUUCCUGCUGGAACACUUGAAAAGGGUUGCCGAAAAGGAGCCCGUCAACAAAAUGUCCCUCCACAACCUGGCCACGGUCUUUGGCCCAACACUGCUGAGACCCUCCGAGGUGGAGAGCAAAGGACACCUCACCUUGGCCUCCGACAUCUGGUCCCAUGACGUUAUGGCACAGGUCCAGGUUCUCCUUUACUACCUGCAGCAUCCUCCCAUCUCCUUCGCGGAGCUGAAACGCAACACACUCUACUUCUCCACAGACGUGUAGCCUGCGCUGAGAAGGCACCAGCCGCACACGAACCCAGCCUCCCAGAGCGUGGGGUACAGCACAGACUAGCCUCGCCCUGCGGGGAGACGGGCACUUCCCCAGAACAGUGCCCUCUGCAUCUUUGGUACCAUUUUGUACAAGUCUCCAACCCUGGCCCAGGCCCUGCGCGCCCUGUCUAGUAGUCGUGUCUUACGUACCUUCGUGGUCAGGAAUUGUUUUUUAUGUAUAUUCGUUCGACAGAAGAGGUAGUGACUGACGGGCCGCAAGCCCCUCGCUUCGUUCAUUUCCUGCCAGGCUCCCGUUCCUUCGAAGGCCGUUGCAACUCUCCUUUUGCCCUUCCCAGCUUCAGCCAAGCGUCCCUUCGUCUUGCCCGCUCAAAGCCUGCAGCAUCACACCAGUGCCUGUUUGGUUUGCCUCAUCCCCUGUGCCUGCACGUGCAGCGUUGGCUGGCCUCUUGCAUCAGAGGCUGAGAAGGGACCAAGGGCUCCCCCUUUCUACCCAUCAAGACGACGAGCUCCACUUUGUCUUGCUGUCCGUGUGAACGGAGAACUCUGCUCCCUCUUGGAACAAACCUUUGGCCUCAAAAGUGGGUGGGGGGGGACAUUUUUAAUGUCUGUCCCAGGUGCUUUACAGCUAGGGCCUGUGGUCUAUGCUUUCUGCCUGUUUGUCGUGUCCUGUGUGGCUAUCCUCCUGCUGUUUCUCCUCUCCCGCUGUGUAGUGUUGGGGGUAACCUGCUCUCUAGGAUGGGGCAGAGGUGCCUUUGGCAGGCUUGUGUGGACAGAAGAAAGGGCUGUCCCAUUACACUACCAAUACUAACCUGCCUCCGUCUGGGUGUGCCAAGUGACUGGCUUCUAGCCCCCAGCUGUGUCUCCAGGGGACGUUAGGUACGGACAAGGUUCAGCCAGGAGCUCCCUGAAGCGCACCUGCUGGAGUGAUCAGGUGGGGCAACGCCCCUCAGUCCUGCAGCACGAGGGAGGAGUGACUGUCCCGAAAGCCUCACAUACCUCGUCAAUACCAAUGCCUUAGCCCUUGGCACCCGUUCCUCUCCCGUGGAGCACUGCCGCGAAGGCACAAAUGAGCAGCUAGGCUUCCUUCCCCAGCAUUACCCGGGGGCCUCUUCCCUCUGGGAGCUGCACUAUGCAGCCUUUCCGCUGAGCUACCCUUCUGAGAACCAGGCGAAGGGGAGGGAGGGAGCCAGGCUCUGCUUUGGUACCACCAAGCCACACGCAGGCUGGCCCCUUGUAAACACUGCAGGAGGCUGCCGGAGUCUGUAGGACAACAGCUGCUUUUUGUCCCUUCCUGCACCAAGGUAAACAGCUUCUCAGCUGAAAGUGAACUCGAAGGGCAAAGCCUCGUGGAGAUGGGGGCCUGGAAGGGGAAAACCCACUGUGCUUGGAACAGGAGCUGGAUUCUCCCCACGUGGCUCUCCCUCAUUGCACCAGCCUGACAUGGUGGAAGCUAAAGCACAUCCAUUCAGCCAGCCUGGGUACAUGCCAUUCUGCUGGGAGAGCUUCCCCCCCAGCUUGUUCCCUUUGAAUUCUAACCUCCAGCCCUUGGGGCAAGGCAGCGAUGGCUCUGCCUGCUGGCUGGGAUGUGUCCCACAGAUAAACACUAUCUUGUGUUCUCUUCUGUGGGCUCCUGCUCUUGUAGCUUGAGAGCACCCCAACCCACCCUGAUUCCUGGAGCCCACAGACAGGUGCUGGGACCUGCCAAGGAAACUAACCCUGCCUUUUUUUCUCCCCUCCCCCACCCCCUUGGGGGGGGGGGGAGCUCUGCCCACUACCCCUACACCCUCUGUGCCAAAUGCCGAUGGACAGCUGGUUUAUUUGGGGUGACCAAGCAUAUCCCUUGUAACAGCAGCGCUGCCUUUAACUGCUGUUCCAUGUGCUGUCUUAAAGACCAGCCUCAGGGGGGCUGAAGGCAGCUGCUAGCCCCACAGCACUGAAGCAGCUAAAGGGAGAGGGAAGUCUUGCAAUGCCAGUCUAAAGGGCUUACACUCCAGCCCCCACGCUGCUGGCGACAGAGAAGCGAAAUGGCAUUGGAUGCACUGACCAGGUGUCGCACUUUGCCCUGGAUAACGGGACUGAGUUUAGAUCGAACUGCACAAUGGAUCCCUGCGUGUUUUAUGUACCUACAUCUGUCAACUGUGGUGUCAUUCCAAAGGGAGACUAUGACCCACCCCCACACCAGUUCAAAGGGCUGGAGACCAGCCCCCUGCACAAGCUGUGGCAAUCCCAUGGGCUGUGUUUUCAUUUUUCCUACAGCGGGGUGGGAGGUGUCGGACUCUUGUGGCUACAGGUAGAAUAGAACGGUUCAUUAAUAUUUGACUUCUACUAAGUUAAGAUCUAUUUUUUGUUUGUGUUCUGUUUCAACUUCUGUAGAUUAUAAACUUUCAAUGGAUGUAAACCAUGUGAAAAAUAUUAAUAAAAAGCAAAGCCCUGACGUUUGCACAAAAAGUA